GUUCAGGUGCUGUCCGACACUCUGUCUCCCACCUGGAGCGAGUGUUUGCUGUUCGACAGGGUUCUGCUGGAGGGAACCAUGGAGGAGCUGCAGAGGGACCCGCCGCUCGUCAUCAUCAGCAUCUACGACCACGACACCGUGGGCAGUCCGAAGCCUCUGGGUCGAGCUUACGCUGAGCCUCAGUUCAAACCGGUCGAGUUGUUCUACAGGAAGCCCAGCCUCCACUUCUAUGACAUCAGCAUGGGCAGGAUUCCUGCUGGAGAGCUGCUGGGAGCCUUCGAGCUCAUUGAACUGGACUACUCUGGAUUUGGAGAGCCCUGCCUCCCCAGCAGCGUGGACCCUCAUGAGCUGACCUACAUGGACGAACAGAGAUGUUACGUCAUCCCAGAAGGAGUCCGACCGGUUAUGAAGACCUUCAGGAUCGAGGUGCUGUUCUGGGGUCUUCGGGAGCUGAAGCGGGUGCAGCUGUUUGAGGUGGAGCGCCCCCUGGUGAGGGUGGAGUGUGCCGGACGACAGCUGGAGUCUGAGGAGGUCGAGAACUACCAGGUUCACCCAAACUUCAAAGAGGUGGUCCGCUACAUCGACGUGGAGCUGCCGGAGCAGUCUUACCUCCAUCCUCCUCUGACGGUGUUCGUGGUGGAGCAUCGGGCGUUCGGUCAACUUGCUCUGGUCGGGUGUCAUGUGGUCCAGAACCUCAUGAACUAUGGCCCCCGGGAGCUCGAAAGGGAGCCGGAGGAGGAAGAGGAGGAACCGAAGCCAAAAGUGAGACAGAACUCGGUGAAGAUGAACCCUCUGAUGUCGAUGAAGAACAUCGGACUCAGCGGUCUGACGGUCAAUCAGUCCAAGAUCCCCAUCAACCCCAUCAAGCUGGUCAAUGCGCCUCUGAAGAAGCUGAUGAAGAACGGAGAGGAGCUGGAGGAGGAGGCGCCGGAGAAGGAGGAGCUGGACUGGUGGUCCAAAUACUACGCGUCCCUGGAGGAGCUGGAGAGGCAGGCUGCUGAGAAGGAGGAGAUGGAGGAACAAGCUGAGUCAGAUGGAGCCAAUCUGACGAUGGCGAACAUCGAGGAGGAGGAGGAGGAGGUGGUGGUGGUGGAGAUCGAACCUCCCAAACGAAAGAAGAUUGCCACGCUGAAGCUGUACGGAGGCGACCUGGAGUCUGAGUUCCAUCAGUUCCAGGACUGGCUGCAGACGUUUCCUCUGUAUAAAGGCCGAGCGAGCAGCGAGGACUACGAGGAGGACGAUGAGGAGAGGCUGAUGGGAAAAUACAAGGGCUCCUUCCUGGUUUAUCCCAUCGAUCCAGAGGACACCGAGGACACUCAGUGUCAGAUCACCAACGGAAUCCCCAAAAACACGCCCAUCAAAGUCUUGGUCCGAGUUUACGUCGUCAAGGCCACCAGCUUGGCUCCCACAGACCCGAACGGUAAAGCCGACCCGUACCUCGUGGUCCAGGUUGGAGAGCAAAGUCUGGACACCAAAGACCGAUACAUCCCCAAACAGCUGAACCCGACCUUCGGAGAGGUGUUUGAACUCACGGUGUCGUUCCCGCUGGAGACCGAGCUGGUUGUCACGGUUAUGGACCACGAUCUCGUCGGCGCCGAUGACGUUAUCGGCGAGACACGGGUCGACUUGGAGAACCGGUUCUACAGCCGACACAGAGCCUCCUGCGGCCUGGCUCUGUACUACGACACUGACGGUUACAACAUGUGGCGCGAUGCUAAGAAGCCGUCCACCAUCUUGGCUGAGCUCUGCAGGAAGAACGGCAUCCCGUCUCCAGAGUAUCGACCGCAUGAAGUCAAAGUCCUCAACAAGAUCUUCAAAAUACCACCAGACGCAAUACCUGAAGUUCUGCUGAAGAAGAACGAACGUUCUCUGGAGGAGGAGGCAGAGAUGGAGCAGCACUCCGCCCUGAGCGUGCUGCAGCGCUGGGGGGAGAUGAACGAGUUCCUCCCUGGAGCCAUCCCUCUGGUGCCAGAGCACGUGGAGAUCCGGUCUCUGCAGAACCAGAGCAGCCUUGGCCUGCCGCAGGGUUACCUUCACAUGUGGGUGGACAUGUUCCCCACCGACGUUCCAGCUCCGCCUGCUGUGGACAUAAAGCCCCGCCUCCCCGAACAGUACGAGCUGCGGGUGAUCAUCUGGAACACCGAUGACGUGUUUCUGGACGACGUCAACCCGUUCACAGGCGACCCGUCCUCCGACAUCUACGUCAAAGGCUGGAUUAAAGGACUGGAGGGAGACAAACAGGAGACUGACGUCCACUUUAACUCUCUGACCGGAGAAGGAAACUUCAACUGGAGAUUUGUUUUCCGCUUCGACUACCUUCCUACUGAGAAAGAGGUAGUUUAUAAGAAGAAGGAGUCCAUCUUCUCUCUGGAGGAGUCCGAGUUUCGUCAGCCAGCUGUUUUGACGCUGCAGGUCUGGGACUACGACCGCAUCGCAGCCAAUGACUUCCUGGGCUCCCUCGAGUUUCGUCUCAGCGACAUGGUGCGACCGGCAAAGUCUGCCGGUAAGUGCACGAUUGAGAUGGCGAAGGAUCGGGCCAGCCCUCGGUUCUCCAUCUUUCGUGCCAAGAAGAUGAAGGGCUGGUGGCCGCUGAUCCGGCUGAAGACAGCCGAGGACUUUGAGAGGGAGGAGAAGGAAAAGGAGGAGGCCAAGAAGAAGAAGAAGAAGGGAAGCAAGAAGAAGAAGAACAAGAACAAGAGAAGCCAACUGAAACAGGAGGACAUCCAGUACACCGACAGUCUGGGCAACACUUUCCUGUUAAUGGGGAAGGUGGAGGCGGAGCUUCAGCUGGUGCCGCUGGAACAAGCCGAGGCAAACCCUGUGGGACGAGGACGCAAAGAGCCAGAACCUCUGGACAAACCAAACCGUCCCACCACCAACUUCUCCUGGUUCGUCAACCCGAUGAAGACCUUCAUCUUCCUCAUCUGGAGGAAAUACAAGAAGUACAUCAUCGCCCUGAUCAUCCUGCUCAUCCUGGCGGUGUUCCUCGUCCUCCUCGUCUACACGAUGCCUCAGCAGAUCACCGCCCUCAUCGUCAAAGGAUGAAGAAACCAGCGGAGAGUCGUCGUCGCCCGGACUGUCUCAGGUUUCUGAUCCUGAACUGAUCAGUGUCACAUUUACUGCUGAUGUCUGUGGAACAAAUCUGUGUGAUCUAAUGCAGCCUGACUGAACUACAUUACCCAGCAUCCUCGCUGUCGUUGUGCUUCUCAGGGAUCUGAAUUAUUGUCAGAUGAGCGAACACUUUUUCCUUCAGAUUUGAGCUUCAUAUUAACACUACAUCAUUUUCAUCGUGUUUGACUGUAACAUUAGAAUCAGCACCUUUCCUCCACUGAGACCCAAACCACUGUAAUGAGUCUAUUUUUUAUGAUUGUGCUUGUAGUCAUAUUUUUUUAUCCUAAAUGUAAAUUAAGUCAGUAUAUUUAAAUACAUUCAUAUUUUAGUUUAAUUUUGCACUGACUCAGCAAUGAAGUUAAUGUUUGUAUUUGUACCAGUUUGAAAAUGAUUAAUCUGAACGUUAUCUUCUAUUUCUGACACAUAAAUAUUAACAUCAGUUACAAACAA